UUUCUCUCUCAGUCUCAGGCUGUGCUUUCACACGAGCGGAGCGUCUCCUCGGCUUCAGCACUGCCACAUCUCUCUCUCUCUCUCUCUCUCUCUCCACGUCACUGCCGUCUCUAACCGAGAGAUCAGAGAGAGGAUGGAGUCCGUGAUGCUGCAGAGCCCGUUUCAUUAGCAUGAGACCUUCUCUCUCUGAAGCAGACAGCUCUCUCCGCUGCAUGACACUGGGACUGAGCAGGAAUGGAGAGAACGGAUUCACCCAGACAGGGAGAUAAAGUUAAUCAGACCUGCAGAAACAGACGGGGAUCGUAGGGAAGAGGAGCGGCCGAAUUCGGUGAUGAAGCUGAGAAGAGACGGCCGGAUCGUUGUUUUCCUCUUUCCGUCCCGAGUGCCGUCUCGGAGGCUGGAGUCCCUCUUGCUUGAUUUAUUUUGGUUCGUCCCUCACUCCAGCUCACGUCUUGUGUCUCUGGAGGUUUAGAAGAAUCUGUCGACUGGACCAGCGUCGCUCUGCGUCUUGUUUCUCCAACCGUCCCUUGGGAAGCUCAUUCUCUGUUUUUCUUCCAUUCGUUUUUAAUUUAAGAUUCCUCCGUCUGUUGGAGUUCUCCAGGAUGGCGUGUGUCUCGUCACUAGUGUUCUGGACUUUAGAUGGAUAACCUCUUGGCAAACUUGAGGAUCAACUCACCAGAUUUGGGAGGAUUCUAGUUUGGUUGAGGCUUUUCUUUGGUUUUGAGUUUCAAUGUAGAUCUAACUAGAGGUUUAUAGCGUUUUAGUUUAUUAGUCAGCUUAAACUGGCAGUUUUGGAUGAUUAUUAUUGCAGUUUUUGAAGGGUAGUUGUCCUGACCCUUGGAUUGCAUCGUGGAAAUUGGAAUUGUCUUCUGAUUUUUUAUUUUUAUUUUUUAUUUUUUGCAGUUUUUACUAUCCUUAACAACCAAGAUCUUUUUGAUUCCACAUGAUUGAGGCAUUUUUCCCAGCUGCGGGAAUCUAGAAACCAUGGAUACCGGCUCGGCCUGAAAUGUCUUCCUGUUUUUGUCACGUGAGGAGGCGUGGCAUGGAGGCCCCUCCCCUUUUCUCUUCUGCCCUCAGGGCUUUGCUUCUGUCCAGUGGAUUAGUGCUUUACCCACGAGCCCCAGCUGUCGCUCCGCCCCGGGUCUUCUGGACCAGCGUGUCCGGGUUAUGGCGGCUGGUUCUGUCCCUGGCGCUACUCGCCUUCCCGGGCCCAGCGGUCUCCGCCAGAGUAUCGUCAAGUCUGAGCACAACGCAUCACGUUCACCAUUUCCACAACAAACACGGCACCGUGCCAAUCGCCAUCAACCGGAUGCCCUUCCUGACGAGGGGAAGCCACGCUGGGACUACCUACAUCUUCGGCCGUGGAGGAGCCCUCAUCACGUACACGUGGCCCCCGAAUGACCGUCCGAGCACGCGGGCAGACCGGCUGGCUGUGGGCUUCAGCACUCAGCUGAAGGAGGCCAUUCUGGUGCGGGUGGAGAGCGCCAAGGGUCUCGGAGACUAUGUGGAGCUUCACAUAGAGCGCGGGAGGGUCGGCGUGAUCUUUAACGUGGGGACGGAUGACAUCGUCAUCGAGGAGAGCGGCGUGAUGGUCAGUGACGGGAAGUAUCAUGUGGUCAGAUUCACGCGGAGCGGCGGGAACGCCACGCUACAGGUGGACAAUCUGCCCGUGCUCGAGCGCUUCCCGUCAGGGAGCUUUAAUAGUGAACGGCUGGCUAUUGCUAGACAAAGAAUCCCGUACCUACUCGGUCGGGUAGUUGACGAGUGGCUACUCGACAAAGGUCGGCAGCUGACGAUCUUCAACAGCCAGGCGUUUAUUAAGGUGGGCGGCGGUGAGAAGGGCCGUAACUUCCAGGGUCAGAUCUCAGGGCUGUACUAUAACGGCCUGCAGGUGCUGAAGCUGGCGGCGGAGGGCGACCCGAAUGUGCAGGUGCAGGGCAACCUGCGUCUGGUGGGAGACGUGCCCUCCGUCAUGAGCACCGACACCACCUCCACCACGCCCCUCGCAGACAUGUCCACCACCAUCAUGGAGACCACCACCACCAUGGCCACCACCACCACCCGCAAACAACGCUCGCCCACCAUGAGAGACAGCGUCACGCAGAAUGCUGACGAUCUGUUAGUAGCGUCAGCAGAAUGUCCAAGUGAUGAUGAAGAUCUCGAGGAGUGUGAGCCUGGAAACGGAGGUGAACUAGUGUUGCCAAUUAUAACUGUGGAUUCCCUUGACCCCCCGUCAAUUGUGACACAUUACCCCGUUAUUCCCCCGCCCCCGACCUAUCGCCCCUUCCUCACCUUGUUCGAGACCACCAAAGAGUCUCUCCCCUUGCCCGUCCGGCCCCCCUGUCCGCUGGACCAGGAGGACUGCGAAGAGCCCAUGGAGGUCUCGGCCUACGGUUCGGGCGAGAUGACGGAGUCCGACGAUGAGGACUACUAUAAAAACUCCCCCCUCGUCACUGAUCGGACGGUACUCCCCCCUCCCCCUGCGGCCGGGAACCCCCGAGGCGACCGGCCCUUCGCCCGUUUGCCCAACUCCCAUCGGCCGCCACUCCCAUUAACCCCCACGGCCCCCCCGGUGUCCCGGCUCAAACCUGGCAUCAACAGUGGCCCCAACAUCCCUGCGGGUAAAAUGAACACCCGUGACCAGGUGCUGCUGCCGCCCAUACAGCCGUCGGGAGACCCUGAACACGGCGGGCGGCAUCGACACAAUCCAGGUAUAACAUAUCCUCCCAAUUUCCCCCAUGUGCCCACUACAGACCCCUCGUCACCAGACCGAGGGCCUCCAGGAGCGGUGGAGGUGAUCCGAGAGUCCAGUAGUACGACGGGCAUGGUGGUGGGCAUCGUGGCCGCAGCCGCCCUCUGCAUCCUCAUCCUGCUCUACGCCAUGUACAAGUACCGCAACCGCGACGAAGGCUCCUACCAGGUGGACCAGAGUCGCAACUACAUCAGCAACUCGGCCACGCAAAGCAACGGCACCCUAGUGAAGGAGAAGCAGCCCGGCGCAAAGACGGGCACAAAGAGCAAGAAAAACAAAGACAAGGAGUAUUACGUCUGAGCUCGGCCUCCAGAGGGACCGAUGCGGAAGCGAGGGGGAGAAUGAGAGAGAUAGGAUGAGGAAUGGAAAGGGAGGUCCAGGUAUUUGUUGGCAGUUUACCGGUCACAUUUAGAGCUCUGACAUCAGUCUUCUUUAAUUUCCUGUCUUGUCUAGCUGUUGGCCUCAUUUCCAGCAAAACCUAAAGAGUUCAAAAGUGUCUAAGGUUUGGAAUCAUCCCCUCCCUCAUUUCCAUUUUUGAUAGAUAAUCCUUAUUACAAAAAAGAAACUCUGCAAACAUUUUGUAUUCGAGAAAAGUGUUUUUUUUCCCUCACAUGUAAUUUGACGCUCUAGUUUGUUCUUUGUAAAUACUAUGUGAGUCCUCAAUAUUCAGAUCAUCUCCUCACCUGAUGUUGAAACCCCUGUGUACGCCAGGCUGCUUGUACAAUCCAUUGUUGCUCCAUCAGAGCAUUGGAUGCGGUUGAGAAUCGUUUGGGAAUGAGAGCAGUUCAGUUGGAACGGCUUGGCUUAGGUGACAUUUCAGGAACAGAUGGUGCCGAAAACGUUUAGCAGUCACACUCCUCCGUAAUACUGCCAAACCAGCUCUGUGUCAAAUCCGUCUCCCUCUCUUUCCAAGUGCUUCACGUUUUCAUCCUCCGCUCCCUUCGUUUCUCUCUUUCUCUCUUUCCCCGCACCCUUUCUUGGCUUGGUCUCUUUUUCUCCUUGUCCUUGGUGCUCAGGAGCAGAUGCAACGUAAUUCUGUUGUGUUUCCAGCAUGUGGUAUUCAAAAUGAAAAGAGACAAAAACUGUUUCUGUGGAGUCAAAUAAAUAUAUAUCUAUAUCUCAAACCGUUACAACUAGCGAAACAUCUGUGGAACUCCCGGAGGUCUGCGGUCGCCCCGUGUUCCAGCAAAUAUUCGUCCUGUGUUUUUGGGGUUCCACUGGGCUCUGUCCUGGACCCGCUGAGGAUCUUGGUUUCUGCUCCACAUUCAAGAACCUGAAACCCCCAACAGCAAAUAGAUAUAGUCAUAUACAGAUAUUUGAAAAGACAAAGGGACACAAGCAUCUGGAAGUCUGGCACGAUUGAUCAAGACCCACAUUACAUCAACAAACCAUAUCAGUGGAAACAGCAGAGCAGGAUACUAGGAUGUCUUUUGUUUUGUUUUCUAUGUAUGUGUGCGUGCGUUCUUUUUUAUUUUGUCAUGUCAAAGGGAAAAGACAGUAAUGUUCCAGUUAAUGUACAUUCCACGUAGGGAACGUGAACUCUCCUGCGUCUUUGACCACGUUCUCUCAGGAGGAAAGUAGGUAUAAACUUUGCACAUUUAAUGGAACAAACUCUCUUGAAAGAAAGACGAAAUGGCCUGUUACUUGGAAGAUGUGCAUCUUGAACUUUAGUAUUCUAGUUUUCUCAACUCUAUUAAAAGAACUAAACUCUGCAUUGAAAAGAAAAUGUUUAAAACAGUUUGUGAAAUGUCUAAAUAUCUGAAUCUCAUCCCAAUGCUAAAAGAGAUGUGUUUUUCCUAAUUAUCAUCCCUAAGAAAAAGAAAGAAAAUGCAAUGAAAUGCAAAGAUCAGUGAAUUGGAUUUCAGAAAGCAGAUGCUCCUUUGAAUAUUAAACAGCAAAAUGUGAUUUGGUUUACAAGAGAACAUUUCCUUUGCCAGGCGGGAGAAGUAUCUCCUUGAAUCCUGGAGUUUUUGAUCGUCUUACUCUAUCCUCCGUUUGAAUCAUGUCGCUCACUUUACCCAGUGUGUGGAGGGCUGUUCAUACUCCAUACUCACUCAAUGAGGAUGACAUCAUCAUCAUUUGAUUUCACUCUUCCAUCUCUGUGUUUGUGUGAGCGGUCGUGCGCUUGUUUGUCUGUGUGAAUGUGUCUCCAUUAUUUCCGUUCCUGUUCAGUUACGUUUCUCCUCAGCUCUCUUGUUCUUUCUAAAUGUUAUUGUAGAGUGUUCCAGUGAGAUGAAUCUGCAUACACGUAUAUUAACAGAAGGGAAUACAAUUGGUUAUAUACUUCUUA